AUAUACACACGUGUACCAUACACAGUAAAAUAGAAAUACAGGAGCGGUAUUUCACUGAUAUUUAACCGGAAACAUUUAGUGCCGCUGUUGAAUAAAAAUAGUCGUAUUUGUAUCAGGAUCUAAUAGCAGUAGUACUGCAGUAGUACUACUACCGGUACUUCCUCUACUACGCAGUAUUUGCAUGUACUUCGCUGCUAUCCUUCCUGAGUGUGUGGUUACAGUUUUCCGUGAAGUAUAGCUGAACGGCCAGAUAUUUAUUUCCACCCCCAUGCCACCCAAGAGAGACGCAGGAGCGACUCCUUCACAACCCCCAGUAAAGAUGAUAAAAAUCGGCCCUGAUGCUCAGGGGUUUGGUUGUGAAACAGUAGAGGAUAAGUACAGGUUGGCGGAGGGGUCCAGCUACUCCCCCUUUCCCAACAACGAGCAUGAAAACAUUGAAUUUGAAGAAGAAAAUAUUGCAAGCCCAGGCAUCAGAACAGACACCGUCAGCCUCCUCAUGAAAAUAGAGCAACUGCAGGCACAACUCAAGUAUGAACGCAGAUGUAGAAUUUUGGCCGAGAGAGAGCUGAGGGAGCUCAAAGAGAUGAACACUCUCAUGAUGCAGAUGAGGCACACCGCUCAUGAACUGCGAGUCACUCUGGAUCAUGUGAUCCAAGGAGGCGAGGCAGCAGCAGCAGGAUCCAACAUCUCUCAUGAUGAAACCGUCUCUUUCCUGGGAGAGACCGAGGGGGAGAUGAGAGAGGAUCAUGAUAUCCUCCCAGAGGACGAUGUCAACUACCUGUACCUCUCUGAGACUCUUCGAGUACCAAAAACUCUUUAUGAGCGCAUCGCAGAGAUUGGAGACUACAAAAAGUACACGUCGGCUCUGCUGAUGAUACUCUUUGACAGAGAAACACUGGGCACACACUCUCUGCAGGGCCGGAGGAGCGCCUUUACUGGAGAAGAUAGCCACAAACCUCAACUCCCACCUGAGACCUUGACAGGUAUAAUUGAACAUGUGGCACUCAAGUUUGGUGUGGAUAGCAGCCAAAUAAAAACGGCAAUCCGCACGAAGUUGAACAAUGAGGACAAACUAUUAAAGAAGAGGCUGGGCAUAGGUAAAGCUGAAAACAGAGCUUUCAUUGAUCAAAGCUUUUGCCAUGACGCUGCACUUCUGUCUGAAAAUGGAACGAUGACCAACGAUUCUCAGUUGUAACGUUUUGAUUCUGCCUUAAUUGUUGGCCACCCGUAUUUCAUGUUGACAGGUUGACUUUUUAAUCCACCUGUAUAUUUUAUUCAUUAUUGAGUGAUUUUAUUAGUUAGGUCUUUUUUUAAGACUUUUUAGAAUUCUUCCAUUUUUGCAGCUGCUGUUGUCUCUCAUAUGUUCAAAGUGUCAUGUUUAUCUGGUGACCCAACAGCACUGUCACGUGUUAUUGUCAGUGGUUAAAAACAACCAAGUGUUCUUGUUUUAUUUGAGGUAGUAAGUGGCAGUUGUCUAAAUAAUACGUAUGUGAAGUCGGCUCUAUUUAUAAUAGUUAAACUUUCAGUCUGCUGGUUUUGAACGAAAAUCUUUCAAGGUGGUUAUGUUGACCCUGUAGUUCAUGACAAAGUGUGCGUUACACCAGGUGAUACUGUGUGAUACUAGGAUAGUUUUUUGGUAGUUGCAAAAUAUGCUGUAAGUGAUAAAUAAUCGUUACUGCUUCCACACCAUCUAUUUACAUCACUUCUCUGUGUGUUGUGCUUACUUAUGUAAGGGCCAAUAAACUUUCAGAACUGA